AACAGAGUAACAUCUAUAUCAGCAUCUGACAUAAUGACGCUGUCUGCUGUCAUUUUUUGACAAUUGACAUCUUUGACAAUUGGUGUUGUUUUAUUUCAAGGGGCGUACAUACACAUAGCUGUGAUAUCAUUAUUUUAUCACAAAAAUAAGGAAAACCACCGAAUUACAACAACAUAAUGUCCUCUCCUCCUCCUACUAAACCCCCUCGGGGUGUUAAACAAGGAAAAGAGACAAGUGGUUUGCUUAUGUCAGUGAUCCGCACCCUCUCAGCGAGUGAGACAAAUGAACAGCGAGAGAAAGAGAGGGCGAAACUAGAGAAGGAGUACAAGAAGAGUGAUGCAAGACUUGAUGAGCUGGUGGAACAACAUGCACAGGAGAUUAUGGAAGUUAUGCAAAAAUUCAGCAGUGUAGUGUCAGCUUUGACAGUAUGGGGGCAGCACUGUGAUGCUGUGGUAGCUCGCCUCGGUGCUUGUCGGGGGUUGUUGCGCUUGCGUCGAGAUGAUCUCAAAAGACUCUGGGCUGAUGCUCGCACCCAUCACUAUGCCCUGCAGAUGCUUACUGAUAUUGAGCGCGUGGUGGUGUCGGAGCGGUCCGCGCGCGAGUCGCUGUCGGCGGGGCGCGUGCUGGCGGCCGCGAGCACGCUGCACGCCGCGCUGCACACCGCGCACUCCACGCUCUCGCACGUGCACGCGCUCAACGCCACCAGGCAGCAUCUGCAGCUGAAAAAGCAAGAACUAGUAGACGUGAUUGUCCGACGUCUAAGCGAGGCAGUAUACAGAGACGAACGAGCACCACUAACGAGGCGUGUGUCUGCAAGGAGGCGGACUGCGUUACUACUGGCUGAACUAACAAAGAGUGAAGAGGUAACGGACGCGUACUUGCAAGAAGUCACACCGGAGUUCGAGGCGUCUCUGUCGGAGGAGGAUAAGACCUUCGAGACCACCGUCAUGAUAUCCCUGGAGGCUCUUGGAGUAUUAGAACAACUUAAGGAAGCCACCGAGAAAUUCAAGGUCCAAAUUCAAAAUGAACUUCUAGAAGUAAUCGACUCCGUGUCUCGUCGCAUUAUUGAAGAAGGAGAAGUUGAAGCGGACGCCGAUGUAGAAGAAGAAGGCGAGAUACCAGACUGUGAGGGUGUGACAGAGACAGGACGACCUUUAGCGAGACUAGUCACGAGUUUGAGCGAAGAAUUCCGAGCGUGCGCUACGAGGAACAAGAGAUUGCUACAACUAUGGAGGGCCUCGCUGCAAAAGUAUCACGUCCCUGACUCCUGUCUGCAUACUGAACAACAUUACUGGAGCGCUGUGCAACAAGUGCUACAACUGCUCCUAACGGAGUACUUAGAGAUUGAGAGCGUGAACCUCGCAGCGCAACGCUCAGUGAGCGCUGCAGUGACUGAUACUACUGAACUGAGACUCGCUGACUACUUCGCCAAGAAGAGGCCACAACGACGACGGCCUAAACUAUUCAAAUUGUCCGGUCCCCCGGCGGUGCCGGCGGCGCUAUCGGCGCGGCGGCACCAGUACCCGCUGGUGUGCCGGCCCGCGCCCGCCCACCUGCACGCCGUGCUGCCCGCGCUGCAGCCGCUCUGCGCCUACAUCGAGCCCGUCACCGGUACCCGCUGGUGUGCCGGCCCGCGCCCGCCCACCUGCACGCCGUGCUGCCCGCGCUGCAGCCGCUCUGCGCCUACAUCGAGCCCGUCACCGGGUAACAUUACAUCAUUGUCUUAUCAAUAUACUGCACCAGUACCCGCUGGUGUGCCGGCCCGCGCCCGCCCACCUGCACGCCGUGCUGCCCGCGCUGCAGCCGCUCUGCGCCUACAUCGAGCCCGUCACCGGGUAACAUUACAUCAUUGUCUUAUCAAUAUACUGCACCAGUACCCGCUGGUGUGCCGGCCCGCGCCCCCGCCCACCUGCACGCCGUGCUGCCCGCGCUGCAGCCGCUCUGCGCCUACAUCGAGCCCGUCACCGGGUAACAUUACAUCAUUGUCUUAUCAAUAUACUGCACCAGUACCCGCUGGUGUGCCGGCCCGCGCCCGCCCACCUGCACGCCGUGCUGCCCGCGCUGCAGCCGCUCUGCGCCUACAUCGAGCCCGUCACCGGGUAACAUUACAUCAUUGUCUUAUCAAUAUACUGCACCAGUACCCGCUGGUGUGCCGGCCCGCGCCCGCCCACCUGCACGCCGUGCUGCCCGCGCUGCAGCCGCUCUGCGCCUACAUCGAGCCCGUCACCGGGUAA